AGUUUGUUGUGGGCACAGCAGGAUGCAAAGUGUAUGUCUGGGACCUCCACAACGUGGGCUACGUCCUUCAACGCAGGGAGUCGAGUCUCAAGUACCAGACCAGAUGCAUUCGCUGUUUCCCCAACAGACGGAGAUAACAGUGAAAAGAAUUAUUCUUUUCUCCACAUUUAUACAGAGUGUCCGGAUGAAAGAAUCAACAAGAAACGGUUGAGUCAGUUUCAACGCUACAGUGCGACCAUCUCGUCGCUGUGCUUCAACGAUGUUGGCACUGUCCUUGCAAUUGCGUGCUCUUACGUUUACGAACUUGAGGAACCACCAGAGAAUAUGCCAGAAGACAAUGUGUUCAUCCGUCAUGUCACUGAUCAAGAGACAAAACCAAAUACUGGCUGAUUGAUCAAUCGACCGAGUGAGUCAUCUGUUUAGUAAUAAGACUGACUGCUGGUACAAAUCUGAAUUUUACAUGGAUAUCUGCUGUUCUUUUUACCACCUUUGUGAAGUACUUUCUGAAAGUCAGUACAAAUCAAGGUCAUCCUCCGUCUGUCCGUGUCCUCGUCUCCCGUCACCUGCCGACGGUUACGAGUCGCUACGUUGGAAACGUACUCGUUGGUUUGGUCUAGAAUAUUUGACUUUCUCCAGUGUUUCUUUGAUAUUACUGUGAUAUAUCAAAUAUUUAAAUUAGAGGAACGGUGAUACUGAGGGUAUAAUUGUUCGCAAGUUGCUUUAGGGAUGACCAGAAUUGGAAACACGUGGUUCGUAGGACAUGGGGAAGAAUGACAAUGAAAUUGCCAGUUAUGUAAUGAUUUUAAAGUUCAUAUUCAUGGUAAAAUGAAGUGUAAAGAUAUUAUAAAAACAUGACAUGAUAAUUCACAGAAGUAACACUCAUAUGCUCUAUCUCACAUUUUAAGUGAAGAGGUGGCUUUUGGUUCUGGAAAACCGUUAAGACGAUCUCGUCUGUCAGGAUGUCUGUAGGACAGCUUUUUUUUUAUUUUAUUUUAGAGGCUCCCAGCAGGUAAAAAAAAUGGCACCUGUUAAUUGCCUGAGAUUGAGAAAGUAAAUAAAUGUUCGGUACGAAUUACUCAUGAUUUGGCAUAAAAAUUCUCAAUGAGGUUGGAAAACUUCGGUUAUAUUCCUAACUGGUGCAAGAUCUGUAUCAAAAUUAUCCGUCCCUGUAGUAUCAUAUUCAUAGUUCGUAGCAUUAAGAGACAGAAUUAUGUGUUAUUAUGCCUGUAACCAGUACGACACUAAAUGUAUCCAGGUAACAGAAGAGUAAAUCGCUUGGAUAUGCUUUA